AUGGCUGCCCUGAUCAGCGCGUACUCGUCGUGGCCGGAGUCCUUCGAGUGUCCUGCAGGAGACGGGGACGUGCCCGACGGUCAUGGCCCGCACAGGACUCCCGUGGACAAGGCGUCGGAGCCGCGCAUCAGGCGGCCCAUGAAUGCGUUCAUGGUCUGGGCCAAAGAUGAGCGCAAACGCCUGGCUGUCCAAAAUCCAGACCUGCACAAUGCCGAGCUCAGCAAAAUGUUGGGCAAGUCAUGGAAGGCCCUGACUCCCCCUCAGAAGAGGCCCUAUGUCGAGGAAGCGGAGAGACUUCGGGUGCAGCACAUGCAGGACUACCCCAACUACAAGUACCGGCCUCGCCGGAAGAAGCAGCUGAAACGCAUCUGCAAGCGUGUGGACCCUGGCUUCCUCCUGAGUGGGCUGGCUCCUGAUCAGAACGCCCUUCCUGACCACCGAACCCUCUGUCACCCCCUUGAAAAGGAUGAGGGCAGCCCUAACGGCAUCAGCAGCGGGUUUUCCAGCCCCAGUCCGGCUCUGCCUAGCGUCAGAACCUUCAGAGAACCUGCCAGCUCCAACAGCAGCUUUGACACCUACCCCUACGGCCUGCCCACCCCGCCUGAGAUGUCCCCAUUAGAUGCCAUGGACCAUGAGCACGUACCCUCCUCUUAUUACUCAACUUCUGGUGGUUCGUCUGUCUCCUGCUCCUCCUCAGCCUCCUGCCCAGAUGAACGGCGCCAGAAUCAGACACACAUGGGCAGCCCGCCUCCUUACCACAGUGACUACACCCAGACCCAACUCCACUGUGGGGGCACACACCUAGGUCACAUCCCUCAUAUGUCCCAAACAGGUGGCAGUGGUGGCUUGAUCCCUGGACCGCCACUGUCCUACUACAGCACCUCGUCUUUCCCCCAGGUUCACCAUGGGGUUCACCAGGGCCACCUGGGUCAGCUGUCCCCCCCACCAGAAACACAAGGUCACCUAGAGACUCUUGACCAGCUUAGUCAGGCUGAGCUCCUGGGUGAGGUGGAUCGCAACGAGUUUGACCAGUACCUAAACUCUACUGGGACCGGGUUCCACCCCGAGCAGGGCAGCAUGACAGUUACGGGACACAUCCAGGUGGCACCAGCCGCCUCUGCUUCUGCCACCGUGUGUCCCAGCAGCACCACGGAAACCAGUCUCAUCUCCGUGCUUGCGGACGCAACGGCGGCCUACUACAACAACUAUGGCAUCUCGUAAGCUGUCGUCCUCGGUUACAGCACCCAUUACACUUGUGACUGGUCAAAGACAAUACAGCGUUUGAAAUGGGUCAAGACUUGUUGGGAUGGUGUUGCUCUUGAGUGCUGAUGAGGGGGCAGCUUUCUUGGUCCCUUUUGUUACCUUUGCUUGUAGUAGGGAAAUUUUAUUAACCGACCCUCAGUUGGCAUCUAUGGGCAACGUCAUCCCACUGUGAUGAAUACCUGAAACAAUUAUAGAGCAAUACGAUUGUCUGGAGCCGAGGGAAGAACAAACAGGAUCAGAGGAGUAUAAAGAGAGGGAGACGGACACCUCAGGGAUGCACACACAGAAUACUAUAGUAUGUCACCUGCAAUUGUCAUGAAAUUUCAAAACCAGAAGAACAAUCGGAUGGACUUGUUGUCCAGUUGUAAAUGUCAUUACUCAUUGUUGCCACUAAGGCAUGUACAGAUGCUCUUUAGAAGCUAAUUUAAGUCCUUGAUGUUUCGCAUAAAUGCUAACUGUAAUGCUAUUAUCGACUCUUUCCAUUUGAAUGUUUGUAUUAUAUGUUCUAGCUCUCAUUAGCUGGGAGUCUUACCUCAGUAGUUUGUAAUUGAAUGAGGUUUAGUUGGACAUUUCUUAUGCAAUUCUUCCCAACAAACUGGUGUAUAAAGAAGAAAAAGGCAUUUAUACUUCUCAAGUACUUAAUAAUAUAUAAUCAUAAUCUUUACAAUGAAAAAUAAUAAUGAUAACUGUAACUGUAUGCUGAUUUAGGUUUGUGAGAGGCAAUUAAUUUAAAAUAAAAUUCCACUUUUAUAUUGAUGCCAUUGCCACUUGGAUAAUGCUCCUACACAGACAACAGAUUACAGCCCUCAUAAGAAUUAUCUCUUCAUUCUUUCAUUAGUAUAACUAUGGCAGUGCAGAUUCCUAAUCUGCACGCUGAACAGGCAGUGUUUUGUGGCAGAUGAAACACAUUUCAUGUACAUCUGGUAGCACCUGAAGCUAAUCUAUACAAUCACUAUCAGACUAAUUAAUAAAGACAAAAAGAGAAAAAAUGGCUUCUGGUUCAUAGUUUUUAAAUUUACCCAAAGGGGGAAAAAAAAGAAGAUUUAACUGUCUGUGCUAUUUAAUUAAAUUGCUCUGGCCAUGUACUUUGAUUGAAAUGUGACACCUUUAGGUAUUAUUCUAUUUCAGGCUCCUGCUGCCCUUUUUACUGCUAGUGGCCCUCUCUGACACCCACUCCCCUGCUUGUCUUUUCCACACUAUAUCAUCCCUCUCCAUCCGUCUCCUCUCGCUUUCAUUUCAUCCUGGUUCGGAGGAUUAGUGUAAAACAGGCACAGCCGUUGCCUCCCGCCUCCAUCUCCACCAUCCUUUGUUUUCCCAGAGUCUUAUUCUGGGUGCCAUUCUUAGGCACUCUGGAACCCCCCCCACACACACCCUGCCCCCUCCCUGCCACCC